CUUUUCCUCCUCUCUCUCCACACUAUUUCCUUUUCUCUCAUCGAGCUCCUCAGUGAUAGUUUCACUUCAACAUCUAUCGCAUCUCUCCUUUCGUUAAGUCAAGAAACAUGAGUUCUAGCACCGAAGAUGCAGCGCGGACAAUCCUGGUCUCGUGCAAACAGACGCGAUUCCACAUCGACAAUCCGGCCUAUCAGGAGCUGGAUAUCGAAGGGCUCAAUAUCACCGUUACAUCAGGGACGGGAAAGUCGGGCGCAAAAUUGAAAGGAAAAGCACGAGCUGAGGGUCUCGAGAUAUUAGUUAAUGGCCACCUGAAGCUCAAGGCUGGCGUUCACUACGCGCUGGUCGGACGGAAUGGCACGGGUAAAUCUACGAUUCUGAAAGCUAUAGCUGAGAAGCUCAUCCCCGGCAUCCCGAUCCAGACAAGGAUUUCAAUUCUCCAGCAAACUUCCACAGAUGGCCAGAAUGCAGUAAACGUGAGCGAGUCUGGUGAAGCAAGUCUAGCUACCUCUUCUAGCAGGCCGCUUUCUGUCCUGGAAAAUGUCAUUGACAAAGUAACGUCACGAAAUGAUAUACAGCACGAGAUUGAUGUUCUCUCCAGGGGACUUGAUGAUCAGGUCAACAAUGCUUUUGCUCCCCUUCGAGCUUUCCGUCAAGUUCAGCAUGAACGGUUAAAGAGAGAGCUUUUUGAGCAUGACAAGGAUGCUAGACUCAGAAGCGGGGCCAGAGGUAUGGCAGCCCGGAAAGCGCUGAUUGCGUUCGAAAAGAAGGUUGCAGAAUCGGCAGAACGCCUUGAGCAAGGAGAUGAUAAGAUCGACGAAGGAACUCUGGAGGAAGAAACUCUUGCUGCAGGUGAUCUACUGGCAGAACUUCAAUCGCAGCUUGAGCCGGCACGGAUUUCUGAGAUCGAGGUUAGAGCCCGAAACAUUCUAUCCGGUCUUGGGUUUCCGAACGCAUUUCUUGAGAAGCCGGUCUCCACCUUAUCAGGAGGUUGGCGGAUGAGAACUCAUCUCGCCAGCUGCCUUCUUCAACCCACUGAUAUUCUCAUUCUUGACGAGCCCACAAAUUUCCUCGACCUUCUGGGUAUUAUCUGGCUCCAGAGAUUCCUUCUUCAACUUCGCGAUGCCGGACCAAAUCCACCCACGGUUGUUCUAGUUUCCCACGACCGCGAUUUUGUUAAUACUGUUUGCCAGGAACUCAUAAUCCUCCGAGAUCACGAGCUUACCUAUUUCAGAGGCGACCUCAACCUCUACGAUGCGUCCAUUCGGGAGAAGAAGCUGUACCUUGGCCGCAUGAAAGAGGCCCAAGAAAAGCAAAAGGCUCACAUUCAGCAGACCAUCCAACAAAAUAUCAAGCAAGGGAAAGCAACCGGAGACGAAAACAAGCUUCGCCAAGCAAAGUCUCGACAAAAGAAACUGGACAACCGAAUGGGAAUGGAGAAAAGUGCAUCUGGAGGUCGAUUCAAACUAAACCGGGAUCUGACCGGAUACCAUCUGACUGCCAGGGCCGAGAUCGAUGUCCCCGUGGACGAGAAAGGGGUAUCAAUUGUCCUCCCAGACGCUCCAGAUCUUCGUUUCCCCGGUCCCCUCGUUUCCAUCGAAGGGGUAACAUUCAAAUACCCCACGGUCAAGAAGGCACAACAAGCAGUGCCAACCGUUCUUCAAGAUAUUGACCUUACGAUCCAUAUGGGCGACCGCAUCGGAAUCGUCGGCUUGAACGGCUGCGGAAAAUCAACUCUGAUAAAGCUCAUCACCGACGUAACCAAACCCACCAAGGGUUCCGUGACCCACCAUCCCCGUCUACGGAUGGGAUAUUAUUCCCAACACGCCGUCGAAGACCUCCAAGCUCUGGGGACCAACGAAUCAGACCUCACCGCUCUCUCCCUCCUCACACGCGACGUAGAGGGGGAAUUGGAUGAAGGCGAGCUCCGCGGGCUCCUCGGCUCCCUCGGUCUCCCCGGCCGCGUCGCCUCCGACGUGCCCCUAACCAAGCUCUCGGGAGGCCAGCUAGUGCGUCUCGCACUCGCACGGCUCCUGUGGAAAUGUCCGCAGCUCCUAGUCCUCGACGAGAUCACCACGCAUCUAGAUUUCCACACUGUGACGGCGUUGGCGGAUGCGUUGCACGCGUGGAACGGAGCGAUUCUGGUGGUGAGCCACGAUCGGUUCCUGGUGAGGCGGGUGGUGCAGGGAGAGAAAGAAAGCGUUGAUGAAGAAGGAGACGAGGAGGAGGAGGAGAGUAGUGGGGAGGAAGAUGCGGGCUUAAAAAGACGAACAGUGUAUUUGUUGAAGAGUGGACGCAUGACGGUUCUUGAAAAGGGCGUAAGAGCCUUCGAGGACAGUUUGGAGAAGAGGGUCGAGAAGCUGUUGGCUUCAUGAAAGGGGAAUUUCUAGCUAGUAAUUCUAAAACUUGAGCUGGUUGGCCUGCCGCAUAGUAUAUAUACCAUGCGUGAUGUGCAUGCAUACGAGCUUGUUGGACCUCCCUCCCCUAGUUCAUAUCCAGUAAUCCAAGUACAAAUAUCAAUCAAUCA